GGAAGACGCGAGAAAUGCCGAGGAGACGGAGGAGCCCCGGAGAGCCUGGGGGAGCUGAGAGGCAGAGGGUCCUGUUCUUUUGCCUGUGAGUGUGGUGGAAGCAGGUUAAGGGGCUGUGCUGAGGCCUUUGAAGGCACAUCCUGAAAAUGCAGACGUAACUCCUCAGCCUAUCAUCCCAGGAGAAAGCAACCCAGAGCAGGAGCAGGACCAGGAGGACAUGGCUGCUUCUCAGGGAUCAUUGACCUUCAGAGAUGUGGCUGUAGAUUUCUCUCAGGAGGAGUUGGAGUGCCUGGACCCAGCUCAGCGGAAAUUGUACAUGGAUGUGAUGUUGGAGAACUAUAGGAACCUGGUCUCCCUGGGUCAAUCUUUGUCAUCUGAAGACUGUCAGGCCUUGUUGCAAAAGCCAGGAAUAGAAGAUUUAUUCUCUAAAGUAAUACUGAGUAUGUAUAAUGAAGACAGAAGUUAUCAAUGCAAUGAAGACUGGAAAAUUUUUAACCACAAGUCAAAUCCUAAUAAACAUCAGAAUACUCAUCUUCCAGAGAACCAUUAUGAAGGUGGAAACAUCUUUGAUCAAAUGUCAAAUCAUAUUACACAUCAGGUUAUUCCUAUUGUGGAGAAGACAGACAAACAAAGUAAAUGUGUCAGAUUACUUAAGGAAUCUUCAAAUAGUACCGAACAAAAGAAUAUUCCUAUUGGGGGGAAUGUUUACAAAUGCUUACCCUGUGAAAAAGUGUUUAGUAAAGUACUUAAUCUAAAUAGAGUUAAGAAAAUCUGUACUGGUGAAAAACAAAAAUGGAAAGGAUGUGGUAAAACAUAUAAUUGGCCUCCAGGUGUUAUACUACAUGAGAACAUAUAUACUGCAGAAAAGACUUACAAAUGUAGAGAAUGUGGUAAAGCAUUUAGCCGCUCCUCAACCCUUAUUCAACAUCAGAACCUUCAUACUGGAGACAAGCCUUGUAAAUGUAGAGAAUGUGAUAAAGCCUUUUGCCGCUCUUCAAACCUUAGUCAACCUCAGAAAACUUAUACUGGAGAGAAGCCUUAUAAAUGUAGAGAAUGUGGUAAAACCUUUAGCCACUCUUCGUCCCUUACUCAACAUCAGAAAAUUCAUACUGGAGUGAAGCCUUAUAAAUGUAGAGAAUGUGGUAAAGCCUUUAGCCGCUCCUCAACCCUUAUCCAACAUCAGAACCUUCAUACUGGAGAGAAGCCUUAUAAAUGUACUGAAUGUGGUAAAGCCUUUUGCCACUCUUCAAAUCUUACUCAACAUCAGAAAAUUCAUACUGGAGAGAAGCCUUAUAAAUGCAGAGAAUGUGGUAAAGCCUUUAUCCAAUCCUCAAACCUUACUCUACAUCUGAAAAUUCAUACUGGAGAGAAGCCUUAUAAAUGCAGAGAAUGUGGUAAAGCCUUUAGCCAGUCCUCAAAGCUUACUAAUCAUCAGAAAGUUCAUACUGGAGAGAAGCCUUAUAAAUGUACAGAAUGUGGCAAAGCUUUUAGAUGUUCCUCGGCCCUUAAUCGACAUCAGCCUAUUCAUACUGGAGAGAAGCCUUAUAAAUGUAGAGAAUGUGGGAAAGCCUUUAACCAGUUCUCAAAUUUCAAUGAACAUCAGAAAAUUCAUACGGGGGAACAGCCUUAUAUAUGUAGAGAAUGUGGUAAAGCCUUUAGUCAGUCCUCAAAGCUUACUAAUCAUCAGAAAAUUCAUACUGGAGAGAAGCCUUAUAAAUGCACAGAAUGUGGCAAAGCCUUUAGGGAGUCCUCAAACCUUACUCAACAUCAGAGAAUUCAUACUGGUGAAAAGCCUUAUAUAUGUAGAGAAUGUGGGAAAGCCUUUAGGUACUCCUCAUCUUUUACUAAACAUCAGAAAAUUCACACUGGAGAGAAGUUUUAUAAAUGUAGAGAAUGUGGCAAAACCUUUAGGCAGUCCUCGGCCCUUACUCAACAUCAUAGAAUUCAUAUUGGUGAAAAAGCCUUUUAUAUGUAGAGAAUGUGGUAAAGCCUUCAUCCACUCCUUUACCCUUACUAAACCUCUGAGAAUUCAUAGAAAGAAGUCAUGUGCAU